AUAGUGAGUGUGAUGGAUCCUCAGUAAGCUGCAGUUCCGGUUAAAGAGAGAGAGAGAGAAAGAGAGAGAGAAAUAGAGAGAGAGAGAGAGAAACAGAGAGAGAGAGAGAAUGAUAGAUAGAGGGCGGGAGCCUGUGUGAACAGAACCUUUGUGCAACUGUGUCUGUGCGUGUGUACAUGUAGCUUGUGUCACUGCGAGAGGUCUUCUGUUCUGUCAGUGCUGCGACGCUAUUCUCUCUCAUUCACACACACACAUAUUCUGCCUGAUGCUCUGUGUAGCCGGUGGACUCCAGGAUGGACGGUGCGCUUUGAGGACGGCGAGCGCCGACACGCACAUGCUCAACCAGCUACCUGCUGAUUCCGUUACACCAUAGGACAGUACACACACGCUUUUUCUCUCUCUUAUACACACACACACACACACAACACAGACACAGACAUAUUUUUUCCAGCAAUGGAUUCACUCUCCCACGACAUGGAUGGACUUGAAAACAACUCCAUGAAGUACAGCAGGAACGAGCAGACGGAGAAAAUGUGGCUCCGGCUCAGGGGAAUGCAGAAGUACAAAACAACCUCUCAGAGGUUGAGAUGUCUAGUGAAGCAGCUGGAUAGGGGUGAGGUGAAUGUUGUGGAUCUCAGGAAGAACAUCGAAUAUGCCGCCUCAGUGCUGGAAGCCGUCUACAUCGAUGAAACCAGACGCCUGCUGGAUACAGAGGACGAGCUCAGCGAUAUCCAGGCGGACUCCGUGCCCAUGGAGGUGCGUGACUGGCUGGCAUCUACCUUCACCCGGAAGAUGGGCGUCGUGCGACGGCGGCCGGAGGAGAAGCCACGGUUUCGUAGCAUCGUCCAUGCCGUGCAGGCCGGAAUCUUUGUGGAAAGGAUGUACAGGAGGACGUCGAACAUGGCCGGCCUGACAUAUCCUCCAGCUGUGAUCCUCGCUCUUAAGGAUGUUGAUAAAUGGUCAUUUGAUGUCUUCACGCUUCACGAAGCGAGCAGCGAACACGCGCUGAAGUUCCUGGUGUAUGAGCUGCUCACCAGAUACGACCUGAUCAACCGUUUCAGGAUACCUGUGUCUUCUCUGGUGGCAUUUGUGGAGGCAUUGGAGGUGGGCUACAGCAAGCACAAAAAUCCAUACCACAACCUGAUUCAUGCUGCUGAUGUCACCCAGACUGCUCACUAUCUGAUGCUUCACACUGGCAUUAUGCACUGGCUCACCGAACUGGAAAUAUUGGCCAUGGUGUUUGCUGCUGCUAUUCACGACUUCGAACACACUGGGACGACCAACAACUUCCAUAUCCAAACCAGGUCAGAGGUGGCCAUCCUCUAUAACGACCGUUCGGUUUUAGAGAACCAUCAUGUGAGCGCCGCCUACAGACUCAUGCAGGAGGAUGAGAUGAAUAUCCUCAUCAACCUGUCGAAAGACGACUGGAGAGAGCUGCGCACACUGGUGAUCGAGAUGGUCAUGAGCACAGAUAUGUCCUGCCAUUUUCAGCAGAUUAAAACCAUGAGAAACUCUCUGCAGCAGCCAGAGGGGAUAGACAAGCCCAAAGCUUUGUCUCUAAUGCUGCAUGCGGCGGACAUUAGCCACCCGGCUAAAGGCUGGAACCUGCACUACCGCUGGACUCAGGCUCUGAUGGAGGAGUUCUUCAGACAAGGUGAUAAAGAGGCAGAGUUGGGAUUGCCGUUUUCUCCACUGUGUGAUCGGAAGGCCACAAUGAUCGCUCAGUCCCAGAUAGGCUUCAUUGACUUCAUUGUGGAGCCGACGUUCUCUGUGCUUGUGGACACCACAGAGAAGAUCAUCACUCCUCUCAUAGAGGAAGCUUUAAAGUCAGGCGGCGUCCGCAGGGCGAGUUUAACGGGACGAGGUUCAGCUGCUGUGGUCGAGUCGGUCCAGAGACACAGCGGGCCCAUUGAUUACUCGCUCGCAGGAAUCGACCUCAAGCGUGUCCGACACAUACUGUCUGAGAUCAUCCAGAGCAACAAAGAGCGCUGGAAGGAGCUGUCUGUUCAAGAACUGGCCUGUAAGGAGCGAGAGCAGCGCUCCGAGCGUGAAGAUUUGUCCCGGAAAGCAGACGUCACUCUAAUUCACAGCAGUCGUGAUUCUGAGUCGAAGUCCCUCAGUGAAGUGAACAACACUGACUCUCUUCACUCGUCCCAGGACUCUUUAGAGCAAAGUGCAGCAUCGCACAGCGCUGACCCGACCGACGCCAGUCCCGGUGCCAGUCCCGACGCCACUCCCGACGCCAGCCCCGACGCCACUCCCGACGCCAGCCCCGACGCCAGCCCCGAUGCCGACCGGUCAUUACCGUGGAACGGCAAAAGCGCCUAAACAGAAAAAACCCCAGCUCAAACGUUGUGAGCUCCUACACUGUGUGUGUGUACUGUGGCAUAAACCUCAUAAUCCCGUAUGGGUGCUGUACAUAGCACUGUGGCCAUCAUAUCGUAACGCUACUGUUUCCUCUGCUCCUUCCUCGGGAAGGGGAGGGGUCAAGCUGACUGAUGUUUCCAUGACACCAAGCAUCGCUAUGGGAGAUGCCGGGAUGCUGCGUUGUCAUGUCAGUUUGUUUCUUUGCAAGGAGACAGAGCUCAGACGGAAGCUCUGGGCAUCCAGUAAAAUGCAACGCUGCCUCUUCACCUGCAUUUUCUGUUUUAGAUCUUCACUUUUGUAAAUCGGCUUCUGUUUCGUUUUUGUUUUCUAGUCAUUUGUAUUGGUAAUUUAUUAAAGAUUGUUCUGCUCCCCUUUAA